AUGUUAUUACGUAUUAUGGGACAACCUCCAUUACUUUAUCUUAAAUUUGCUUUUCAAGCAAAAGCAACAAAUGUUGAAAGACAUAAAAUAAUGGAAGACUUUCGAUGUGCCCUUAUUCGUCUUCGUCCACGUUCACGUAAUAAAUCUGGAAAUCCCAGUGAAAAUAGUCGUAAACAACAAACAUCAACACCAGUUUCAUCUAAUAGUAGCCAACGAUCAUUACCAUCAUCAACACUUUCAAUUCAUCAACGGUCAACAACAACAUGUUGUAUUGUUUUAAAUAAAAACAUUGAACGAUUAAUGCUCAAACCAGAUCCAUUUCCAUAUGAAUCACUUGGAAUCCAAAAACCUGAUGAUGAUGAUAUACAACAUAAAAAUCGAACAGAAUUAGAUUCCAAACGACAAGCAUUAUCGAAAUUUUUUUAUAUACGUACAUUUAUACGUUCAUUUGAAAGUAUUAAACAUUCAUCAAAUAUUCCAAAACGUAUAGCAGAUAUUAUUCUUGAUACAUUUAUAAGACGACGACUUCAAGAAGGUUUUCAUUUUGUAGUAACACAUAAUAAUAUUCAUAACCUUGUCCUUGAAGUUAAAAUGAAUACGCCAAAAGAAGAACAUUUAAAAGAUGUACUUCGAUCAAACUCCAAUAUUAACUUCUAUCCUGAUGAAAGACCACGAACAUGUCUUGUACAAUAUAGAAUUUAUCCGGUUGAAUAUGGUCGUUCAAAUGAUACGUAAGAAUAUUUUGAGUUAUUUCUAAGAGAUCUUACAUGAAAGACAUCUUUAAGAAAAUAUCCAUCCUAAGAUAUCUUCUAUAAACUCUUCAACACGUUAGAAAACCUUAGAUCUUCGAUUGUGUCUUAUCAUUUACAUAUUACAAAAGAUUCUUCUAUUAUAUUCUUCAAAAACGGUCGUACAUUAGAAAACAAACAGGUCAUUGAUUAGAAGAGUAUUGUUAGAAAAAAAGCAAUCAGUUGGACUCUAAAAGUUUCACACCUAUUAUUAUAUAGUACUUCUUCUGUAAAGAAUAAAAUCAAUUAUUCACAAAAGUAUCUUCUCAUUUCAUCGACAUCCUCUUAAUUAGUUUGCUUUAUCGACGAAAUUUUUAACUGAAGAAAAUUCGCUUUUGGAGAAAGAAAUAAACUAUCAAACUCUUUAUGCUCUAAAUAAUGUUUUUUCUGAUGCAAUUAUUGAAGAUUGUAACUUUUACUACAACUAAUGUAUCUCUGAAACAGAUUCAAAAGUAUGAGAUAUUUAGUUCAAGAAACUGAAACUUUAGCAUUGAUACUUGUUUCUGAAAACAAAAAAUUAUUUGAUAGAGAAGUUUGGCCUUAGAACACGUAUUCAAGAUUCUUCGACUACUAGACAAAACUUAGAUUGAUGAUGGCUGUUUAUUCCCAAGACAACUAUACAAUUGUUAGAAAUUUAAUAGUAGUGUAAAACAAGUAACGGAUUGGAGGGCCAGCAUCAGUCACCUAAACCAACCAUUGCCACAUUUAAUUCAAAUUUACAAACAGUUAUUGAUGAAUUACAAAAAAGAUUAUGCGUUUAUCAGGAAUUCAUUAAAUAACUUGAUAACAACAUGAAUAAGCCUCAAUGGAAUAAAAAAAUCUAUUUCUCGAAAUCAAUAAAUUCUUCAUUUAUUGAAACGAUAUGGAAAAAGAUUCUUUGUCAUUAGAUAAAUAUUUGAAUAAGAUUGAUAAAAAACGUUGUUUAGAAAAUUACAUUAAUAUUUUGUUGCCAUUCUCUUAUGAACUAUUAAAUUAUACUCUCAUUUCUAUUAUUACAAUCAUAUUCUGUAACAAAAUGUUGUAAUUUUUUUUUUCUUGACAUAAUAUUGCUGAAUAAAAAGUGUUGACAAAAAGCGAUGAAAAAAACAAACAAAGGUCAAUGAAGUAGAAAAAUUAAUGAAUUAACUUUGAUUUUUCGAUUAAACGAGAUCAUACUAUUCGCAACAUUUAUUGUUUCAUAUAGCUACAUAGUUGAAAGAAAGAAAAUGGAACAUUUUUUAAUUCAACUGCUUAUGUUGAAGUUUGAGUAGUGUAGACAGAAUCAAUUCAAAGUGAAUUGUACUACGAUCUUAGUUUUUGCUCAUUUGAAUGAAUACAGUUAUCUAUGAGAAAAAAAAAACAGUUUAGAAAUAAAGAACGGUUGGAGGACACAUUGAAGAUGUUUUUAAAAUCCUGUAUAUUUUUGUUAAAAAAAAUACUUUUGCAUCUUUUUUUCCAAAAAGAAACGUAUUCUCAGGCAUAAAAGGCGUAUUUCAUAGAGCAUACUUCAAUACGUAUCCUCAAAUUAGACAAUUUUCCGCUUAAGAAUGUGUUCUUCCAUGGCAAAAAAACGUAUAUGAAUUUUUAGAAGACAGUCCAUCGAUGUAGUGUAGUUUUCAGUAAUAAACAACGGAAUUUUAUUGAAUAUAUUCCUAUUUAAUAAAGAUACUUUUAUGUGUCAUACGUUUUGAUGUGUACCAAAUUAAUCAUGUCCUAUGAUUUUAAAGACAAAUUUUCCGUAAAGGAAAUUGAAAUUAAUUAACUAUUGCUUCCUAUUAACUUUUUCGUAUAAAUACUAUUCAUAUUGAACUUAGAUAUUAAUGAGGAUAUGAAUACUGAAAAAAUAUUAGUAAACCUGGUAAGAUUAUUAAAAAAUCGAUUAUCAGUAGAUGUCUUUGUAGUUGUCUUGAACAUCGUUUAUUUAAGAUAGGUCUUCGAAUGCGUCAAAAACUUUACAUUAUUUAUAGAUAGUAUUCAGUUGGUUCAGUCCUUCUGAAAAUCAUAUACUGUCUAAGUUAUUAAAUAAACAUCGACAUUCCAAUACGAAAUUAGAAUAUGAGGCAUAAGACAGGAUCGAAAUUAAAAAGACUAAUUCCACUCAGGUUUAAAAUAGAUAAAGACAUGAUCAGUAAACAAACUAAAAUAUUGAAAAAGUACCUUGAUAAUCUUCAUAACAUACUUAUCUCUAUUUUUUGUUACGUACUUCGAUAAAAUGUAAUUGUCAUUAGCUAUCUAGUCAAUAAACUAUUUCAAACUUAAUAGUGUUUCAUCAUCUGUGUACAUUUUUGCUACUAUAAAAGUUAAAUUUUUCUAUAAAAAAUAAUAUGAUUUAUUUAAAAUUCGAAAUUUGUGACAUUGUCCAUCAUUGAAAGUAUAUACAAAAAAUAGAUCAAAUUUUUGCAAUGAAAGACAAAGUCAUUUCUAAAUUGAAUCCG